UCUGCCCUCCCUCCCGCCGAGCUGCCCGCCCCUGAGUCUGGAGCAGCAGCAGCAGCGGCGGCACGGCAGCAGCGACGGUGGAAGCCUCGCUGCCUCUCCUCCUCGCCCCCCAGUGCGGGAAUACCAGCGGCGGAGAGCAGAAUGGACACGGAAGGGAGCCAGAGCAGCCUGUCCUCCGGCACGGACAACUCCCCCCAUGACCCCUGAGGGAUUGAGGGAGUACUUUGGUAAAUUUGGCGAGGUGAAGGAGUGCAUGGUGAUGCGGGAUCCCGUUACCAAGCGGUCGAGGGGCUUUGGGUUUGUAACAUACGCAGAUCAAGCCGGUGUGGAAAAGGUUCUGGCUCAAAACAGGCACGAAUUGGACUCCAAAACGAUUGACCCAAAGGUGGCGUUUCCCAGACGAGCUCAGCCUAAGCUGGUGACGAGGACAAAGAAGAUCUUUGUCGGAGGGCUGUCGGUCAAUACCACCAUCGAAGAUGUGAAGCAAUACUUUGAUCAGUUUGGAAAGGUUGACGAUGCCAUGCUCAUGUUCGACAAAACAACCAACAGACACCGAGGUUUUGGUUUCGUCACCUUCGAGAAUGAAGACGUGGUGGAGAAAGUGUGCGAGAUUCACUUCCAUGAGAUCAACAACAAAAUGGUGGAGUGCAAGAAAGCCCAGCCCAAGGAGGUGAUGACGCCGACGAGCUCAGCCAGAGGCCGCUCGAGAGUGAUGCCCUAUGGGAUGGACACGUUCAUGCUGGGCAUUGGCAUGUUAGGCUACCCAGGUUUUCAGACUACUACCUACACCAGCCGCAGUUACUCUGGAUUAGCACCUGGAUACACGUACCAGUUCCCAGAGUUCCACUUAGAGCGGACCCCUCUUCUGACAUCAUCCCACCCCCCUGAACUGACAGCCAUUCCCCUCACUGCAUACGGACCAAUGGCAGCUGCAGCUGCAGUAGUCAGAGGCUCCACUCCAUCACGCACAGCUGGCUUCCUGGGCACCAGCAGCCCCGGACCAAUGGCUGACCUGUACGCUGCAGCCAAUCAGGACUCAGGAGUCAGCAGCUACAUCAGCGCCGCUAGCCCUGCCCCCAGCACGGGGUUUGGUCACGGUUUAGGGGGUCCACUGAUUGCUACUGCUUUCACUAAUGGCUACCACUGAGAAGACUCAGGUCACUGAGGAUUGGAGGACUUUUCUCCUCUGCUGUCAGGCCAAUCAGAACGCCGGCUGCCCACUCGAUGGUGCCGUCUGAUUGGCCGGCCACAAGCUCUUCUGGCUCCAUGUGGCUCCACCCACCGACUGAAUAUCUUUUUAAACCAAUACUCUUGUUUUUCUGUACUAAUCUCACUUCAACAUAAUGCACCACCAGUUUCUCCCCUUCUGUCUUCACGUAGUGUAACGACUAGACCCCCCACCUAUACCCCACCCCCAUCAGUUAUCCAUUUCCUCUUUCUUCUGAAGUUAGCAGAAGAAAACUGCAACAAAACAAAAAAAAAACAUUUGUCAUCUUCGAUAAAGACAGAGAACUGUUUUAAGCUUUUCAUUUUUUUAUUUUAUUGUAUUUUAUUUUAACGUGACGUGUCAUUUGAUCAUGAAGUUCCACAAAGCUGGUAUGAAUGUGAACCGAGAAAAACAAACAACACGUGAGAUAAGUUGUCUGUAAAAAGAACAACUUUUUAACAAAGGAAGAACAAAUCCAACAAAGUCCUUUUUUACUCAAGUGUCGCAGAAACAUUGAGGAACACACACACACACAAAAAAAUGUAUAUUUUGGUAGUCUUUAAAAACGAAACCUUUGUAAUAUUAUUAUUAAUAUUGACAUAAUAAUGCUGAUCUGUAAGGUAUUUUAUUCUGUAAUUGGUUUUAAAGCAAUGUUUUUAUGUCUUCCUGUAAGAUACUGUACAUAGGCGUGGGGGAGCGGGGUUGGGGGUGGGCGGGGUUGCUGAACUGGCUGGCAUGUCAUUGGUUGGUUUAACAGCAUUUUGACUGGAUGUCACUUCCUGCUGUCGGCGCUCGUGUCACUACUUCAGCAGUGUGUGUGUGUGCGUGUGUGUGUGUGUGUGCGUGUGCGUGCGUGUGUGUGCAGAACACACUGCGGGCCAGUCCUCUUCAGCGCUGUGCUUUGGAGUUAUUUUCAUUUCCAGGAGUUUGUCAGGUGUAAUUCCUUCACCUUAUUUCCCAGUUAUUAAGUCACACCUCUUCUUUAAAAAGCAAGUUUUGCAUCUUCAUUCAAACCUUUUUUUUCCCGAUAAACACAAACGUUUGGGAGAACCUCAAGCAGGAAAACCUGGGGGUUCUUGGGGUUGUGGAAGUCGACUUCAUCCUUUAAAAAUAUAUAUAUUUUCUGCGCAGUUCACCUAAUGUUUUUUUUAUUGUUGUUGUUUAAAUAAAAAAAUGCGUUCUUUUCUGCGGUGUUGUCCACCGUGAAAAACAAAAUGAAGGACAUUCUCCGAGAACACAGCUGUAGCAGAUCAUGUUCUGUCCUCCUGUCGCCGUUGAAGGUGCGCGUGGUUGAGCGCGCGCGCGUGUGUGUAUGUGUGUGUGAGUCGGUGCUUGUGCGCCUUCAACAAAGAGUAAUGUGGAACUACUUUCAGCAAACGGAGCAUUUGGGUUGCCUUUUUUCUUUGGUACUGAAGAAAAAGAGAAGGAAAAAAAAGGAUCGCCCUGUUUCAUUUCGGUUCGACUGCUUUUUCUCGCCUGACUUUCUCCCAUUUCACACUGACUUGUGAUAAAUUUGUGCUUCUCGAACCAACAUAUUUUUGUUUGUAUGAAUAUAUAUAUAUAUGUGAAUAAUAUAUAUAUAUAAAUAUAGUUGCUGCUUUACGUGAAGAGACAGGGCCUGGGCAGGGAACCAGAAAUGGAACAGGGUCAUGCUUCCAGUCCGCUCUGAUACGACACGAUGACUCUGGCUGGCAGGAAGUGUCGAAAASCUGGAACAAACUAAACGUCUGCAGGAAAACAAGGAGCCUGCUUGUUCAGCUUCUUACUGAAAGCCUGUUUGGUUAACAAAAAAAUAAAUAAAUAAACUUCCUGAUCCAGCCAGUAGUUCCUCUGUCAGACAUGCUGGGACACAAUUAAUAAUAAUAA